AUGCAUUUGCUUCCAUUGCCCAAAGCCCUCAGCAGCCUUGCGACUGAUGCGGUCAUCGAUGGAUCUCUUGAUGGGGAUAAGAACCCCAGGAAAAAGCCGCGCCGUGAGCGCCGCACAUCCGCACUCUCAGCCGCGGUGAAGGUGGACAACAUGCCCAAAGAGCUCAAAGACUGCAAGUUCUAUACUGAUCAGUCGGGCCGCCGGCUUUGCUGGACCCACAAUACCGGGACUUGUAAUGCUGCAACGGAUGGAGGACACCCGCCAGCAUGCAAGCGCGGAGUGCACGCCUGCAUGGGAUGCCGGAAAGUUGGCCACGGAUGGUCAGCCUGCUGGUUUAACAAAGCCAACAGCAAAGGCAAAGGCGGGAAAGGCGGAGGAAAAGGAUCCGGGAAGGCUGACGGGAAGGCCGACAAAGAAAGUCGCUCUCCCAAGAGAGUCCGUGCUUCCGGCCACAAAUCGAAUUCAGAUCGGACUGAGACUCCUUGCUAUGACCCGCCACACUUCUUUGGAUAUCGUGAGCCCCAAGAUCAAAUCUUGUUGAGCUCUGAAGUGCGCGAAGAGCCGGCUUUGCAGCAUCGUGAUUCUUCCGAGUGCUCGGCCCAAACCUUCGCUGCCGAUCCUGCUCAUGACCAUUUCGAGGUGAGCCGCUUGCAAUUUUUCUUCACUCCGCAUCACGUGUCAGAUCACGGCCAACACCCGGCUGAAGAGUUCGCGAGAAGUUGUCUUCAGCAAGGCUCAGGCGACUCUUCGUCCUGGAUGGAACUCGCGGAGCUUUUGCCCGACGAGGAAUCCUCCCGUGAGACGGCACAAGACCCACUUGAGAAGUGUUUCAUCACCGGUGCUUACAACCAAGGCGGGAUCACCGGAGUGCGACGUAACUGCCGACAGUUCCCAGCCUGCACCCGCCUGCUGGUUACCCUAGCUAGGAUAGCCUUCCCCGGUUUGACAUUUACAUCUGUUGGCCUUUUCCGCAACAUGCAGACUGCUCUGCAUAAAGACGCCAACAACUUGCCAAGAUCUCGCAACGGGAUCUGCGCCCUCAGCUUUUUCGAAGGAGGUCAGUUGCGCCUUCACCGCGCCGAUGGGCCAGUGAACUUGUCACUCAGCGAAGGACCGCUUCAGUUCGACCCCUUUCUCGAGCACGAGACACUGCCUUGGUCUAAUGGUUCUAGGAUAGUCUUGGUUGCCUUUUCGGUGAACUGCCUUGAGCGCCUCACGCCGGAGCAUCGAGCAGUGCUUGCUGCAUUCGACUUUCGUCUGCCGCUUUCUAAGGACCAGUCUGAGGUCGCAUCGCAGGUUUCCCAGGCCGACUCUCGGCCGGCUUCGCAAUUACCUCAGACCGAUGAAGAGGCUGGCAUGUUCCUUGAGUUGUUCGCCGGCACCGCCCGAUUGAGUCAGGCAUUCACGCGCUUAGGUUUCCAAGCUCUGGCUUUUGAUAAGGUCUGCAGGUCCAGCCAUCCCGUUCAGGCGCUCGAUUUCGCUGAUCGGUCUGAAUGCGAGGUCGUGCUGCAACUAAUCCAGGACCAUGCCUCUUCCUUGCAGUAUGUGCACCUGGCUCCACCUCAGGAGACCUGCUUGGCUGCCCGAAACAAAGAAUCUGCGACUAACCCGGCCCCUCCGGCCCGGUCAGCCGCGCAGCCCUUAGGUUUGGAAGGAUUGCCAGAGUCGUUGCAAAGGCAAGUCACUGAAGCCAACGACCUUUACAUGUUCAGUCAUGAUGUGUUCAUGCUGUGUCGGAAGUUCAAUAUUGUAGUCAGUGUGGAGGCUCCCGCCUCCUCUCUCUUUUGGCUUCUACCAAUGAUUCAGGACCUCUUGUCCUGUGCCGAUAAUCAGGUCGUGGAUUUUCACGAGUGCAUGCAUGGCGGUGAUCGAGAUCGAAAGCUGCGCUGGCUUUGCUCGGCUCCAUGGUUCAAGCCCUUGGGGCUCUCGUGUAACCGCAUGCACCCGCAUGCGCCCUGGAACGCAGCUUCCGAUACAGGAACCAAAGGUGCAUAUCCACCUCUCUUGUGCGCUAGAAUCGCCGAGUUGGUUGCUUCUCAGGUCUGCAGUCUUCCUGCUGCCCCAUCUUUGUUCGGGCCGGCCAGCUCCGUCACACGGCUGGCUUAUGAGAAACAACCCCGUAAGCACCGGGCCUUAGUCAGUGAGUUCGGCGCUUAUGAUGCUUGGGCUGUGCCGCUGGGCUUCACUGCCUGUCCGCCCGCCUUGCUGAAAGCGUACCCUAAAGGUGCUCGUGCUGUUCGUCGCAAGCUUUUGCAUUGGGGUCAGAUAAGGGCUUGCGUUCUCCCUAGCCUUGAUUUCGCUUUGCUUGAAUCUAAUUUGGGAUCCAACUGGAAAUGGAGUAUGGACUCGCAUGCUCCCCCUCUCGAAGAAGAGGACCAGCCCAUUUGCAAAGUUUGUGGAUUCAUGAGUGACUCGACCUUUGAAGAUUUGUGCGAGGUACUCUGGAUAGGCAUUCCCCGCUCUCCGUCAGACUUCGUGCAGCAAGCAGUGUUGGCGGGCCACCCAAAAAGGAUACUUGAGAAUCAGAUCGACGAGCGAACCAAGCUCCUUGUAGAUAACCUUUUGACCGGACGCGCAGCCUGCGAGGACCUGGGGAAAUCGCGACUAGCAGAGUGGAACGAAAUCGCUAAGGAACUCGAGCCUGUGGAGGAACAGGCUCAGAAAUCACUGGAUCCUUUAGUGAGCAAAAUCAUCGACGGGAAGAAAACCUUCCUACUCGAAAGGUUGCUUGCCGACUCAUCUUUUCCAGACAAGUCCUUAGUCCCCGACCUUAGGUUCGGUAUCAUCCAAGGCGCCAAGACCAGAGUGAUAGAUGACGGGAAGGCAGCCGGGAUCAAUCAGACCGUUGGGUUGCCCGAACGUUUCAGGCUACACAGCAUCGAUUUCAUCUCGGCCUUCCUUGUCUGGGCCAUGAUGGACCCACGGGCCAAAGGGAAACAGGUGUCGGGAAAAACCAUUGAUUUAAAAUGGGCAUACAAACAGUACGCUGUCAAUCCCUCUGAUCGGGAAAUCUUCCGAAUCGUUGUACUUGAUACGUGUUCGAGGAAACCCAAAUUCUUCGGAGCGGCAGCACUCCCCUUCGGAACGACGGGAUCCGUGGCAGGAUUCCUGAGAACGUCUGCUGCCACGUGGCAUAUCGGCUCAGCCCUGCUGGGCCUCUCCUGGUGCAAUUAUUUUGACGACUUUCCUCUUUUCAGUUUGGACGAGCACUGUCCUUGUGCCGAAUCUUGUGCGGAGGCCCUGCUAGACAUCCUCGGAAUAACUUUCGCAAAGGAAGGGAAGAAAGCCACCGAGUUCUCCAAGCAAUGUCGGGCCCUUGGCCUGAUUAUUGAUCUGAGUGAAUUCGGAAAUGGAGUCGUGUACAUCAAGCACACGCCAGAGCGCAUUCAGGAAUUGAGGCAGACCCUCACACGUAUUCUUGAUUCCGGCUUGCUUGAGUCGUCGGAAGCCGAAGCCCUUCGAGGCAGACUCCAUUGGUUCAGCUCUUUCCUUUUCGGCCGCCGGCCCUGCCAAGCCUUGAGAGUCUUAGGUCUUAGGGCUAAAGGUUUGGAUAGAGGUAGGAAGCUGAGCAGUGACCUUCGUGAUGCUCUCACGUACCUGCGUGAUCGAGCUCUGGAGUCGCCACCUGUGCAGCUCACGCCUGACAUCAAAGAAACCUUUUACGUCUUCACUGACGGAAGCCUCGAGGGAGAAGUAGCCGGCGUGGGCGGCAUUUUGUACGACCCACUCGGUAAACCUCUUUCUUUCUUUGCAGCCAGCCUUCCGCUUGAUGCCCUGAACAGACUCAAGGAAACUUCGAGCCACCCAAUCUACGAGAUUGAGUUGCUGGCCAUCUGGGCCGCUUUAAAGCUGUGGAUGAACCGACUUACCCGUUGCCUAGUAGUGGUUUACCUUGACAACGAAGCUGCGAAGGGAGCCUUGGUAUCAGGGAAGUCGUCGACCCUUCCUGGUCAGUCCAUAGUGAGUUCGGUUCUCGACUUAGAGGACUCAGCAAGGAUCCGUCCGUGGUAUGGCCGAGUGCCAACCAGCUCUAAUCCAGCAGACGAGCCCAGUCGAAGUGUCUUCGGUCAUUUACUGAGGGAAGGAGUGCAAAGGCUUCAAGCUCCGUGCGCUUGGCCGGUUUGA